GGAGGAGCCUCCAGUGAAAGUGAAAGUGUUCAGACUCGUUCUCACUUCAAGGUACCUUGGAGCAGACGGAGGAGACGUGAAGUCUGAGGCUGUACCUGCAGAGAGGGGGAGGAGCCUCCAGUGAAAGUGUUCAGACUGGUUCUCACUUCAAGGAGCAGACGGAGGAGACGUGAAGUCUGAGGCUGACUGAAGAUGAGUGUUUAUGAGGAGGAAGAGGACAGAGCAGAGUCUCCAGGGUUCAGCUGUCUGUCUCUGAAGAGUGACUGGUCCAUGGAUCAUCCUCCAGUCUUCAGUAAAGAACCUGGACCCUCAACCACAAAAGGUCAGGACCACAGACUGAGAGCAGAGUCUCCAGGGUCCAGCUGUCUGUCUCUGAAGAGUGACUGGUCCAUGAGAGUUCCUCCAGUCUUCAGUAAAGAACCUGGACCCUCACACACAGAGGAGAGGAAGAGGAGUCAUGUUUCUGAGGAGGAGCAGUCGUCCUGCUGUGCUUCGUGUCAGGACGUCCUGAAGGAUCCAGUCUCCACCAGCUGUGGACACUGGUUCUGCAGACAGUGCAUCACCUCAUACUGGGACCAGUCUGGUUCUUCAGGAAACUCCUCCUGUCCCCAGUGUGGACAAAGAUCCAGAACAGGAGCUGGAGCAGAUCGUGGUCUGCAGGAGGUUUCAGAUGAACAUAAGCUCAGUGUGAGGAGGAGAUGUGAACAUGUGACUGAAGGAAGUGAUGAAACAGGAAGUAGAACCCUCCUCAACAGGAUCUAUACUGAGCUCCACAUCACAGAGGGACAGAGUGAAGAGGUUAAUACUCAACAUGAGGUGAGGCAGCUUGAGACGGCUUCCAAGAUGAAGAUCCUCCAGGACACUCCCAUCAAGGUCCACGACAUCUUUAAAGCCUCCACUGACCAGCAGAGCAGCAUCAGAGUCGUCCUGACCAACGGCGUCGCUGGCGUUGGAAAAACCUUCUCGGUGCAGAAGUUCACUCUGGACUGGGCAGAGGGUUCAGAGAACCAGGAUGUGGGUCUGCUGGCUGUGCUUUCGUUCAGGGAGCUGAACCUGGUGAAGGACCAGCAGCACAGUCUUCUCACGCUGCUCCAUGUUUUCCAUCCAGCGUUACAGAAGCUCACUGCAGAGACGCUCGCUGUCUGUAAACCUUUGUUCAUCUUUGACGGCCUGGAUGAAAGCAGACCUUCUCUGGACUUCAACCACAGGGAGCUUGUGUCUGAGGUCACACAGAGGUCAUCAGUCAACCUGCUGCUGACAAACCUCAUCCGGGGGAAUCUGCUUCCCUCGGCUCUCGUCUGGAUAACCUCCAGACCUGCGGCGGCCAAUCAGAUCCCUCCUGCAUGUGUUGACAGGGUCACAGAAGUACGAGGCUUCACUGAGGCCCAGAAGGAGGAGUACUUCAGGAGGAGGUUCAGUGAUGAAGAGCUGUGCAGCAGAAUCAUCUCACACAUCAAGACGUCCAGGAGCCUCCACAUCAUGUGUCAAAUCCCAGUCUUCUGCUGGAUCAGUGCUACAGUUCUGGAGCACAUGUUGACCACAGACCAGAGAGGAGAGCUGCCCAAGACCCUGACUGACCUGUACUCACACUUCCUGCUGGUUCAGACAAAGAGGAAGAACAACAAGUACGGUAAGAAGAGGACUGACAGAGAUGUUCUCCUGAAGCUGGGGAGGCUGGCACUUAAACAUCUGGAGGAAGGAAACAUCAUGUUCUACCAAGAAGACCUGGAGCGGUGUGGUCUUAAUGUCACAGAGGCCUCGGUCUACUCAGGAGUUUGUACUGAGAUCUUCAGAAGAGAGUGUGUGAUCUUCCAGAAAUCAGUCUACUGCUUUGUUCAUCUGAGCGUUCAGGAGUUUCUGGCUGCAGUCUACAUGUUCCACUGUUACACCGAGAGGAACACAGAAGAACUCAACAACUUCUUGGGAACAAAUGGGAACACAGACAGUACCUUCUCCCUGGAUGACCUCCUGAAGAGAACCAUGGAGAAAUCCCUCACUAGUACAAAUGGUCAUCUGGACCUGUUUGUUCGCUUCCUUCACGGCCUCAGUCUGGAGUCCAACCAGAGAGUCUUAAGAGACCUGCUGGGUCAGACAGAGAUCAUCCAGAGAGUCAUCAACAACCUGAAGGAGAUGAAGAGUGAUGACAUUUCUCCUGACAGAAGCAUCAACAUCUUCCACUGUCUGACUGAGAUGAACGACCACUCAGUUCAUCAGCAGAUGAAACAGUUCCUGACGUCAGAGAACAGAUCAGAGGAGAAACUCUCUGAGAUCCACUGCUCAGCUCUGGCCUACAUGCUGCAGAUGUCAGAGGAGGUUCUGGAUGAGUUGGACCUGAAGAAGUUCAACACAUCAGACCAGGGUCGAUGGAGACUGAUCCCAGCUGUGAGGAACUGCAGGAAGGCUCAACUCCAUUGGUGUGAACUCUCAGAGACUCACUGUGAAGUCGUGGCCUCAGCUCUGAAGUCAGACCCCUCACAUCUGAGAGAACUGGAUCUGAGCUUCAACAACCUGCAGGAUUCAGGAGUGAAGCUGCUGUGUUCUGGACUGGAGAGUCCAAACUGUCGACUGGAGACUCUAUGGUUGAAGAGGUGCAGUCUGACAGAGAUCAGCUGUUCUUCUCUGGCUUCAGCUCUGAGGUCAAACCCCUCUCAUCUGAGAGAACUGGAUCUGAGUGGAAACAUCCUGAAGGACUCAGGAGUGAAGGAGCUGUGUGGUUUUCUACAGAGUCCAACCUGUCGACUGGAGACUCUGAGGUUGAUGAACUGCAGUGUGUCAGAGAUCAGCUGUUCUUCUCUGGCUUCAGCUCUGAGGUCAAACCCCUCUCAUCUGAGAGAACUGGAUCUGAGCUACAACAACCUGCAGGACUCAGGAGUGAAGGAGCUUCUUGAUCUACAGCAGAGUCCAACCUGUCGACUGGAGACUCUGAGACUCUGGUAUUGUGGACUCUCAGAGACUCACUGUGAAGUCGUGGCCUCAGCUCUGAAGUCAGACCCCUCACAUCUGAGAGAACUGGAUCUGAGUAACAACAAUCUGCAGGAUUCAGGAGUGAAGCUGCUGUGUUCUGGACUGGAGAGUCCAAACUGUCGACUGGAGACUCUGAGGUUGAUUGGCUGCAGACUGUCAGAGAUCAGCUGUUCUUCUCUGGCUUCAGCUCUGAGGUCAAACCCCUCUCAUCUGAGAGAACUGGAUCUGAGUAUCAACAAGCUGAAGGACUCAGGAGUGAAGGAGCUGUGUGGUUUUCUACAGAGUCCAACCUGUCGACUGGAGACUCUGUGGUUGAUGAGCUGCAGACUGUCAGAGAUCAGCUGUUCUUCUCUGGCUUCAGCUCUGAGGUCAAACCCCUCUCAUCUGAGAGAACUGGAUCUGAGUCACAACAACCUGCAGGACUCAGCAGUGAAGGAGCUGUGUGGUUUUCUACAGAGUCCAACCUGUCGACUGGAGACUCUGAGGUUGUGGAACUGCAGUCUGACAGAGAUCAGCUGUUCUUCUCUGGCUUCAGCUCUGAGGUCAAACCCCUCUCAUCUGAGAGAACUGGAUCUGAGUGACAACAACCUGAAGGACUCAGGAGUGAAGGAGCUGUGUGGUUUUCUACAGAGUCCAACCUGUCGACUGGAGACUCUGAGACUCAGUGGUUGUGAACUCUCAGAGACUCACUGUGAAGUCGUGGCCUCAGCUCUGAAGUCAGACCCCUCACAUCUGAGAGAACUGGUUCUGAGUGUGAACGUGCUGCAGGAUUCAGGAGUGAAGCUGCUGUGUUCUGGACUGGAGAGUCCAAACUGUCGACUGGAGACUCUGAGGUUGAGGAGCUGCAGACUGUCAGAGAUCAGAUGUUCUUCUCUGGCUUCAGCUCUGAGGUCAAACCCCUCUCAUCUGAGAGAACUGGAUCUGAGCUUCAACUACCUGCAGGACUCAGGAGUGAAGGAGCUGUGUGGUUUUCUACAGAGUCCAACCUGUCGACUGGAGACUCUGAGGUUGGAGGGCUGCAGACUGACAGAGAUCAGCUGUUCUUCUCUGGCUUCAGCUCUGAGGUCAAACCCCUCUCAUCUGAGAGAACUGGAUCUGAGACUAAACGACCUGCAGGACUCAGGAGUGAAGGAGCUGCUUGAUCUACAGCAGAGUCCAACCUGUCGACUGGAGACUCUGAGGUUGAUGAACUGCAGUCUGUCAGAGAUCAGCUGUUCUUCUCUGGCUUCAGCUCUGAGGUCAAACCCCUCUCAUCUGAGAGAACUGGAUCUGAGUAUCAACAACCUGCAGGACUCAGCAGUGAAGGAGCUGUGUGGUUUUCUACAGAGUCCAACCUGUCGACUGGAGACUCUGAGGUUGAAGAGCUGCAGACUGUCAGAGAUCAGCUGUUCUUCUCUGGCUUCAGCUCUGAGGUCAAACCCCUCUCAUCUGAGAGAACUGGAUCUGAGUCGCAACGACCUGCAGGACUCAGGAGUGAAGGAGCUGUGUGGUUUUCUACAGAGUCCAACCUGUCGACUGGAGACUCUGUGGUUGAGGAGCUGCAGUCUGUCAGAGAUCAGCUGUUCUUCUCUGGCUUCAGCUCUGAGGUCAAACCCCUCUCAUCUGAGAGAACUGGAUCUGAGGAACAACGACCUGCAGGACUCAGGAGUGAAGGAGCUGCUUGAUCUACAGCAGAGUCCAACCUGUCGACUGGAGACUCUGAGGUGGAGGGGGAAAGGGUGGAGGACAGUGUGAAGAGGACAGUGUGAAGAGGACAGUGUGUGUGGACGGAGGCUGAGCUGUGUCCUGAGGAUCCAGAGGCUGAAGCAGCAGCAGCUUGUGUGUAGUCUCCAAUCUACACAACCCCUAAUCUGCAUGUGUUUGUGAGAUGAAGCCGGAGCACCUGGAGAAAACACGGGGAGAACAUGCAGACUCCACACAGGAAGACCCCAUCUGAACCGGAUUCAAACCAGCAACCUUCCUGCCCCGAUUGUGUUUAUUCACAUGAAGAAUGUGUUUAUUGAAAUGACACAACACAAGCAGAAUAUAUAAACCUUCUAUAAAGAGUCACAUACAGUGUGUUUAAGUUUGUCUUUAUUAUUGUCCACCUUUGUCCCUCAGUGUGUCUCCAUGUGUGUAGAACCACAUUCUGUGUAUAUGUUUCUUUAUGAUCUUAAAGUUCCUGGAUUCACGUCACAAAUUGAUUUAGUUCAACACAAAGUUAAACACAUUGAAAUCACUUUGAGUUUAAAAUGGGACGUUUUCAUUUGUGCAUCAGGUGCAGAGCGGUGGUGGCUUUUCUACUUUUGACCCACAGGUGGCGCUGCAGUAUAACAGCAGCACAUCCCAGUCAAAGCCUUUAUAUUCAGUCUAUGAGUCAAACACAUGGAUCAUUUCCUCUGUGACAAACCAGAUGUAACGAGAAGAAAAACAUCUCAGAGAGAAAAGUUCUGUUUCUACUUGUCUCUGCUUUAAUGCUCAAUAAACAUCCUUCCACCGA